UUUGUUACAGCCCCUAAGAAUAUACGAGAUUGUUUACCACCGCCUAUUCAGUAGAAAUACAUUUUAAAUCAAACAUACUAUUGCUGUUGUACAUUGCGCCUAAGAUGCAUGCUUGCGUUUUGGUUAAUUUCUCUCCAAGGUUUUAAAGACAUUUUCGAUCCACUGGCCGACUGGGAACGCCUGAAAAAAAUAUGACCCACUGGUUUUAUUAGAGACACAGGAGGUGGGCAUUGUUUUGGCUUUACUGGCUGUAUCUUCAUGAGAAACUAUCGCUGCAGGAAUGAGGAUUACAGACAGUGUGCUACGAAGCUUCAGGGUUGCCCGGACAUACGGAGAAAAUACAAAGAAAGUAAACUGUGUGGAUUUCAGCCCCAAUGGCGAAAGUGCAAUAUCAAGUAGCGACGACGACAGUAUUGUGUUAUAUGACAUCCGGGAAGGAAAACCCAAAAGGACCCUGUACAGCAAGAAGUACGGAGUUGACCUGAUCCGCUACACUCGUGGAGAUACGGAGACUGUGGUCUACAGCUCCAAUAAACUGGAUGAUACCAUCAGAUACCUCUCACUCACUGACAACAAGUUCAUCAGGUACUUCCCAGGCCACACUGCAAGAGUUAUUGCUCUCUCCAUGUCACCAGUGGAUGAUACAUUUAUUUCUGGCUCUUUAGAUAAGACAAUCAGAAUCUGGGAUCUGCGCUCUCCUAACUGUCAGGGUCUGACUAAUCCACUAGGGAAACCAGUGUGUUCCUUUGACCCUGAUGGUCUGGUUUUUGCUGCUGGGGUAGAAUCUCAGGCCAUUAAGCUGUACGAUCUCCGUGCUUUUGACAAGGGUCCUUUUGCCUCCUUUGAGACGAGGUUUAACCGUGUCUGUGACUGGACUGGACUCAGUUUCAGUAACGAUGGGAAACAGAUCCUCAUCUCCACUAACGGUGGAAUGAUUCGUGUCCUGAAUGCCUUCAAUGGAUCUGUGCUGCACACGUUUUCUGGCUACAACAACAGCAAAGGCAUCUCACUUGAAGCCUGCUUCACUCCGGAUUCACAGUUUGUCAUGAUAGGUUCAGAAGACGGGAGGGUCCAUGUUUGGAGCACCGACAGCGGGAUGAAGGUGGCUGUGCUGGAUGGGAAACAUCCAGGACCAAUCAACACUCUACAGUUUAACCCCAGAUACAUGACCUUUGCCAGCGCCUGCACUCAAAUGAUGCUUUGGCUCCCAUGUAUUGAUGACCUAUAGAGAGAUGCUGAAGUCAGUCCUUUUUAUAAAACAUAGAAAAGCCACUUAAAGGCACAGAAUACCCCUAUAUGUUGGACUGGGGCCUUUUCAUCAGAGUAGGGGAAUGUUUUAAUACUUGUUUCUAAACUUUUUAAUAACAGUAUUUAAAACUAAAAUAAAAAUAGAGACAAAAUAUCCUUAGUUUUAGUCUUUGACAUAACUGACUAACUGGCACCUAAAACAGUGAGACCUCACACAGUGGUAGUUUUAUGUCUGGAAUUGUAUUUAAACAUAAUCUUUAAAUAAAUAAAAUGAUAAUCGAAGA